AUGGCGGCGGCGGCAGUGCGCCGGCGGCUCGCAUUGGAGCUUCAGACUUGCAUGAUGGAGGCUGCACAGUUUGGACCUUGGUCAGAUCUUGCGCCGGAACUCUUGGGCCUUGUCCUGAAGCGCCUCCCUUCCUUAGCUGACCGUGUUCUCCUGAGGGCAGUCUGUCACCCAUGGCGCUCUAAUAGUGUAUCAAAGACCCUUCCCUUUCCAUUCCCAUGGCUCACCCUCCCGGAUGGAACCUUCCUCAGCAUCCUAGGCAGUGAGGUUCACCACAUGUCUCUGCCCAAUGGUGCUCGUUGGCAUGGCUCCGUUGAAAACAGGCUAUUCCUCAUGAGCAGUGAUGGUGCAUGUUCAUUGGUGAACCCUUUCUCCAAGACCACAUUGGAGCUUCCUAAUCUAGUCACUGUUUGGCAGAGCGAGAUAGAUAACCAUGCUGAACUUGGUCAUUUCCCAGCUGUUUCCUAUAAGUUGGUGGCUCCCUCGUCCCUGGACUCAUCACCAAAGUCCCUUGCUGCUGCGCUGAUCAUUGGCAAUGGUUAUUCUCUUGAUCUUUGUAUUAUCCAACCACCUGCUGCCACUUACUCAUUCAGAGGCACAAGCACUGAGGACCCAACAAUAUUAGUGGACCUUGCAUUCUUCGAUGGAAGGUUGUACGUGGUGUCUGAGUUUUUCAAGCUUUUCGUCGUUGAUUUCAGUGAGAACCUUGGUAGUAAGCCAAACAUGGAAUGCCUGAUUGACUCUAUGGGUGAUUAUCUGAGAACGCCUCCAUACCUGUCUAAAAAGGAGUUCUAUGGACUUUGGCAGUAUUUAGUGGAAUGUGGUGGUAGGCUGCUGAUGGUGCAACGAUUUACAAAGUCACAGGGUUUUAGGAAUUCUCAAACUGUUGGAUUUAAUGUCCUUGAGGCAGACUUGAGCACCAACCCUGGUCAUUGGAGACUGGUAAGUGAUUUGAGUGGCCAUGUGCUCUUUCUUGGCAAGCAAAGCUCGAAGUUCCUGCCUGCUGGUGAAUGCAGUGGAUCCCAGGAGGACUGCAUCUACUUCAUCUGCGACUAUCCUUGUCCGGAGGCUUCUGCAGACCCUCUUCGCGACGCUGGCAUAUAUAACGUGAGAAAUGGGAUAAUCAUGCCAUUACUUUCAGGGAGUCCUGCAGUACCGCAACGCCAAGCCGGACAGUGGGGCCUGACAUGGUUUUUUCCUUCUGAAGCUGUAUGA